GGAAAUAUUAUCAAAAGGCCCUCAACCCCUUCUGAAAACAGAGGACCUGCUGCUACAUAUCGGCUGGGCCGCCGGGUAGCUAACACAGUUUUCUAGCACAAUUCAUGCUGGUGCGAAGGGGUUGGGGUUUGGAGACGGAGCAAGGGCUCUUCCGAAUCAAUUUUUUCCAUGGCGAGGAAUAUCAAUAACCACAGAGUUCUUCUAUUUUCUCGUUUUCUGAACCCUUCGAUGGGAGGUUCCAAUCCGAACUGUCAAUCGUUGGGAACGUUAGCAUACGAAGAGAUUCGUGAUACUCUCGAAAGACCAAAGGAGUCGACAGUUUUUGUUCUCCAUGGUCUCUUGGGAUCUGGGAGGAAUUGGAAGACUUUCUCCCGCAGUCUCGCUUCCAAGCUUGCCAGCUCACCAUCUUCAGUUGGUUGGCGGAUGGUGCUUGUUGAUUUGAGGAACCAUGGGAAAUCAGCUGAGGCAAAGGGUUUAGAUCCACCGCACGACAUGGUGAAUGCCGCAAGAGAUUUGGCUAAUCUGGUGAAAUCUCGAGGUUGGGCUUGGCCUGAUGUUGUUAUAGGUCAUUCGAUGGGAGGAAAAGUCGCCUUACAAUUUGUUGAGAGCUGUGCUUGCGGAGAUUACGGGGAAUCUGCUGCCUUACCCAGACAGUUGUGGGUGCUGGAUUCUGUUCCUGGUGAAGUUAGCCCUAGAGAGAGUGAUGGGGAAGUAGAGAAGGUUCUACAGACCCUUCAGUGUUUGCCUUCAUCUGUCCCAUCACGAAAGUGGCUUGUGGACCACAUGAUCAAGGUAGGAUUCUCCAAGUCACUGUCGGAAUGGAUUGGGAGCAACCUAAAGAAGUCUGGGGAAUCUGAGACAUGGGCCUUCAAUCUCCAAGGUGCAGUUGAAAUGUUCAAUUCUUACAGGGAGAAGAGCUAUUGGUCACUGUUGGAGCACCCACCCAAAGGGCUACAGAUUGCCAUUGUGCGUGCAGAAAACAGUGACAGAUGGUCACUAGAUGUGGUUCAGCAUCUAGAAACUGUGUCGAUGAAGAAAAGGAAUGGUUCUGAGGGGACUGUUUCUGUUCAUGUUCUUCCCAACUCAGGUCAUUGGGUCCAUGUGGACAAUCCAAAAGGCCUGCUUGAAAUCAUCGCUCCCAAUAUUAUAUGCAGUUCUUGAGUGGAAUGUAUCCAGUUCCCAGUUAUUGGCGAUGGAAAGCAAUUAUCUGCUUUGCAAUUGUUAGUACUAAUACUAUUGAACGACACCAUUUUGGAUGAUCGUUUGGUAUGCUUUGCUUUGUGCUUCUGUGGGAUUUGAUGUCUUUGGAAUGUUUAUUCAUGGUACUCAAUAAGGCCAGAGUUCCUUUUAUUUA